AUGACAAAAACAGUGCUCCUUAAAUUACUUGUGGCAAUAGUGAUCACAUUCAUUUUAAUCUUGCCAGAAUAUUUUAAGACAUCAAAAGGAAGACUUUUGGAGCUAUCCUGUUUGGAAGGGUGUUUAAAAUCUAAUAUUACCUAUUCACUCUCAUCCUUAAAUUAUUCUUUUGUGACUUUUCUGCAACCAGAGAGGGACACUCCAUCUAUUAAGGGACUCUUUCUACAUUGUUCCAAUUUCCAAAACUUCACCAGUACUUGCCAAGAAAUCAUAAGUGAAUUUAAAAUGUGCUCUUUAUGUUUGGUUUGUGAGUCCAAAGGAAACGUGGAUUUCAUUUCUCAGAAACAAGCAUCAAAAGUUCUUAUCAUGAGAAGAUCAAUGGGCAGGAAAGCAAAAGAUUUUUUUUCACCUUGUCAACAUUUUAAUUUCUCUGUAACUGCUGGAGUUGACCAGUUGGAGGAAUCCAACACUACCCGCAGCCUCAGGGGACACCCUAGAAAACCAGCCACUGUGGAGGAAGAGCCACCCAAGGAAAAUUUUCUAAAUGAAACUUGCAGAAUCACAGAGUACCCGAAUAACUGUUCUCAUGUUUCCUUGCUCCUAGAAAUGGACAUAAAAAAUAUCACUUGUUCCAUGAAGACCACUUGGUACAUUUUAGUUUUAUUAGUCUUUAUUUUUUGGAUCAUUCUCAUGAUCCACAAAAUACUUGAAGGCCACAGGAGAGUGCAAAAAUUGCAGAAUCAUAAAGACACAACUGCAUCUGUUCACUUAAGAGGAAGCAAUUCUGAGAAGCUGAGAGCCCUGAAUGUGCGGGUUAUUCCAGAGGCCACUCGGGUUAAGGAAGUGCUUCCUCCAAUACCAGAACUAGAAGCUGCUUCCUCACUGCCUCAGUGAGAUCGAUGUACGAGGUGAGUGAUGGUUCGGCUUUAUUGAUUAUUUGGCUUGUUCAGUAGAAGCAUGAGUGAUUCAGGGAGGUACAGCUCACCCCAAACUACAUUUCUAUCUGUGCAUGGGAGGUAAAAAGUGAUGACCCUGCAAAGUGAAUGCAUAUGAAUCAGAGACAUGAACUAAAAUCACUAUUUUCUCCAAGAGCCAGGAAGGAGCAGCAAACUAAUCUCUCAGUCUAUUAGAGUAAUCUCUGAGUCUGUUAAACUUACCCCUGAGCUGUCAGCUCAUCCCUGGGCACUGUUUAUCCUGGAGUUGACCCAUAAUUCAGUCACAGCAUGAGAAGAGUGAGAAUGGGAUCUGUAAAGCACAUCCAUGACGGAAAUAAGAAACUUCCUUAAAUCUAAAGAAGUUAACUCACCAGGUCAUCUUGAUGACUGUACAUUGCUUUCCAUGUAUUUGAAUCUGAAACUGAGGUCAGAAGUGUCCUAGAAACUUUUUUCAUUCAUUCAACCAGGAUUUAUUAAGUAGCUACUCUAUGGCCAUUGUAGGGUGCAUACAAAUUACACCGGGGAAGAGUAGGAAAAAGCAGCGUGCAUAUCCUCUCAUUGUGCCUGCUGGUGACUGGCCAUAUUGUUUACUCUUCAUACUAUUGGAGUGGUUAUCAGUCAAGAUCCUGGCAGGAAACGGAUGUUGUACUCAAAGUGAGUGAUUAAGCAGAGUUCAGCCCAGGACUUAAUAAACAGGAUAUGGAAAAACAGAAAGGAAGGUUGCAGCCUGUGGUAUGGGUGGCAAGGAACCCCAGAAAGACAGAGACAGAGGCACUCCUGUCCCUGCGCAGAAUGAAUAUGCAGGAGGACUGUGUGACAGGGGCUGUGACCUCUGGUCAGGGGACAGUUCAGCCUGUGGUGGCCCUGAAGAGAGAGAUCAAACACCCACUGCCCUGUCCUUUCUGUCGGCCAAGACCAUGUAAGGCAGCCACACUGGAGCCAGCGGAGCCUGUCCAUGGACUGGAGAUGAGACCUGGAGAAGCAAUAGAAGUGUCCAGCCCAGAUGGCUCAGUGGCCAACCUGCGGCUGAGUGCCCAGGGUGCGUCUGCAUUCAAGGCUUAUGAGAGGCAAACUUUGGGGACUCACCCAAUGCAGUGGGCUCAGAAAUUCCUAGGGAGAGUACGAGGUAAUCGUAUUGUUGUUUCAACGCCAUGUUACUUGACAUUAUGGUUGAUAAGCUCAUUCUGCUCCUCAUUCCAGGCUGCUCAACCUCACAGAUGAAGAGUCAUUCACCAAAUACCUCUGGAGUGCCUAUUGUGUGCGGCGAAUUCUUCUGCUUAUUGGCAAAAAUAAUAAGGCAGUCAGUGGGGGAACUAGAGUAGGGAGCCUCUAAUUCCAGUAAAGAGCGUUAAGUAACUUAACAGAGGUAUUUGAAGGGACUAGGGGAGCACAAGAGAGACUCACACACACACUCAGAGGACACAAUGCCUAGCAUUUACUAUACAGGUUAUACAAAGGUCUGCUGAGAAGGGUUAAACCCCAACUUCUAUGCCUCUCUCCUGGAAUCAUGAAAUGUGAUAACUGACCGAAACUUUCAUGAACAAUUAAUUAGGCUUUCGUUUAACAUAUUUGCAAAGUGAGCCCAAUACACUGCAGCAGCAGAGGCUGGGGAAGACCUAGAUUUCCUGGCCUUAGGCUGAGAAGUUUGUUAUUACUUCCCACAUUGUCCUCUUAGGAGUAUAGUGGGGGACUCCACUAUGUAACAGAGGUGUGAAAAGGGCCCUCUGUCAGUGACUGAGGAAGAUUUUUGGUGCUCUUAUAAGAUGGUUUUAAUAAAUGAUUUAAAAUUGUUUUUUUAACCAAUUGUGAUUUAAGUAAUACUUAACAAAAGUCUUGUGUGAAUAAUAUUUGCUUGCUUUAAAAGAAAAAAUCUUCAGAGUAUCCCUGAGCAAUUUGGACUGACUGCUCUUAAAGAAUAUUUACAGUUUUAUUUGGGGCCCGAGUAUAAUGGGGGUUGUUUGCAUCCAGCAAAGAAUGUGCAAAAGGAAAACAGCAGGAAUGGGGAACUAGUUGAUGAGAACUAAUAAUUCAGGAGAAUUCAUUUGACCCACAAGAGCAGGGGAGUGAGUGUUUUCAAGGAGCAAUUAAGAGUCAUGGAAGAUAAGCUGGUGAAACCCACAGAACAAGAAAAUUAACUCUUCUCUACCCAUCAUUAUACAUUAUAUAUCUUAAAAUUACACAAGGUUUUAAUAUUGUGGAAUCAAGAGUGAUUAAGACAGAAAAUUCCUUUUCCUCAAUGGGCCACAAUGGAGAUGCUGAUUGGGUGAUUUUUCCUUUAUGGAUGGAUUGUUUCUAUUUGACAAAUUACUUAAGAGGGCCUGGAUUGUUUGUUUAUACAUUUGUUUGAAUUUACAAAUCUUGCUUCUAUUUGGCCUUUGGAUGUUUAAAAAUAAAACAUUUCAAGGAUACAAAGAUCAAAUGAAAUUAAAUGAAAUAAUGAGUACUUAAAUUAAUAGUAAAAUGUUUUCUUUGAUUUCUUUGGCUUUUCUAAUUGUUACAGCCAUCA